CUCCCCAGGUGCCCCCUCUGGAUCUCGUAACGGCGGUCGUGACGGCCCUCCCCCCCCUCCUCCGUACCGCGUCCACAGCUCUGCGGCCUCAGAGGCGCACAGCCGAGCGGGCAAACCGCCUCCACCUCCCUCCUCUUCCUCCUCCAUCUCAUCAUCAUCAUCCUCCUCCUUGUCCUCCUCCCGAACCCCGGCUGGACCCCCUCCACCGCCCCCGCCCAUCCGGAACGGCCACUCCUCCAUCUCCUCCUCCAGGUCCAUCAUAGAUGAUUUUGAAUCCAAGUUUAACUUCCACCCCAUUGAAGACCUCCCACCUCCAGAGGAGUACAGGCAUUUCAGCAAGGUCUACCCCAGCAAAACCAACAAGGCCAUGAUGAGAGUAGCUCCUCCAGCGCCGCCGGUGGGGAGGUGAACGGACCUCCGCUCAGGACUUUAACUCUCCAUCAGCCGACUCCGAGGACGGUCGGGGAGAGGAGAGAGAGAGAGAGAGGGAGUGGUGAAGAAGAGCUCUAAUCACACAACACACUACGACACACACUAACACUAAAACCACCAGCUGGAAGCACAACGUAAACACCGCGACACCUCAGCAGGUUUGACACGACUCGCCGUCACCUUCUGUCUUUGCACGAGAGAAACAAGAAACGACAAAAAAACAAACACUGACGCUAGAUCAGAACCCGACGUCUCCUCUGCUGACCCGACGUAGAGGCUUCUGCAUCGACACUAAACAUAUCAGGACCAAACUCCAAAUCUGUGCAUUCCAUCUUUUUAUUUUAUUUGUAUCCAUAAUCAUGAUUAUAAUGGUGACUUUCAUAAUUCUGAAUAACGUUUUGAUUUUAUUCUUUUUUUUUUUGGUGUCAGCAUUCAUUUUGUGGAAACUGUCUUUUAUUGAAUUUAUAUUUUCAGCAGAUGAAUUCCAACAGAACUGAUGAUGCCAUGAAUGUGUGGGGGGGCGGGGGCGGAGUGACUGUUAUUUUCUUUUAUUAUUGGGUUAUAUUUUGUCUUAAAUAGCCAUUCCAGGAGUGCCAGGUGAGGGUGCGUUUGAAUCGAACUCUCUUGUGUCAGUGUGCCAAAACCUGGGUGGAGUCAAACGAACUGCACAGGACAGUUUCCAUACAUUUAAUUCCAUAUUUAAUUGAGAUGUUUUUCCAAACAGAAAGCAAACUUGCAAAUCUCGCCAAGUUAUGACAGAAGCUGGUAGUUUAUUUUUUACACUAGGAGAGGGAUUAUUUCAAGUUUGUUUUUUGUGCCCCCUACUUUCCUUUAUUUGGGUUUUUUAAAUAUUUCCAUCUUGGGGCGAUUGUUGCACGGAAGCUGAACAGCUCAACCGAGACACUGUGCACGACGCUUAUUUAUGCACUUAUGAUGACAGAAGACCCUGAGAUCAGGAUUCACGACAGACAUCUAGAAAAAACGACUACAAGGCUUCAUCCCUGAUGUGUUUGACAAACUGUAGCUCACAUAGUCAGCAUCGUUCUCCAUGACACACUGUGAGUCCAGAGGCCAACACUACAUUAUUAUUUGUUUCCUGGACCGAGUUUGAGCUGCAGGUUUGCAGUGCAGAGUUUUAAAGGUGUUUAUAAGGGAUCAUUUAUCUACUCCCUGUCCGGGGAAGUCGAUCUGAAAGCUAAAAAUUCUGUUCUGAAUCCUUCAUUUAACUUUUUCUUCCGGUGACCCCUUUUUUUUUUUUUUUUUUUUUUUAAUAGAAGGACUUUUACAGUCAGAGAAACACCACAUGUUGUUUAAUUGCUAUGCAAGAAGCAGUUUGUACAGAUUGUAGUUUGUAACGGCUAACCAAAAAAAUAAAAAAAAAUAAAAAAAUAAGGAACACUUAAGUGCCAGAGAAGAGUUUAAGCAGAAGGAGCUUCUUUACUUUUCUUCAAGCUUGACUUUAAAACACUAAUUACAUCAUAAUCAAACUGAACAAAAAGAAAUCCUCAGUGACGCAGCGCCCCCUGCUGGUCUUUGCCUUACACUAAUCUGUUGUCCCUCUCAUCGGUACCAGUACGUUUUAUUGUUUUGUUUAGGGGGUAAAGAUGAUGACAACAAGGUAAAUAAGAAACAAGUUUAUUUGAAAAUGCAAUAAAUAUUGUAUAUUUACAUUAAGGAAUAUGGUAAUCAUAGUUAUUGAUCUAUUUUUUAAUGUUGUAAAAAGCUUGUAAUAUAGGAAAGAGAAAUGAUUAUAACAAUGUCGCUGAGCUUUGGUCCGAUAGACGCUGUAGCACUUCUCUCUGGAUGUUUUGGCCCACCAGCUGAAUGGACGUGUGAGGGUUUUUGCCAACGAGCCGACAUUUUGGGGAUCCUGGUUCUAUUAAAUCCAUUUGUCGGCUACUUUAAAGGAGGUGGGUGUGGGUGGUGGAUUAAACUACAAAACAGUGGAACUACACUUCCUGUUCCAGAUGUAUGCUCACCUUGUCACCACCCGACACAUUGGUGUCUCCUCCUCCUGCUCUCACUUUGUCCUCUCUAAAAAAAAAAAAAACACACCUGUGGUCAUUUCAUGUUAAUCAACCAUGUUUUUAUCAUUUGGAAUAAUUUCAAAUAAAUAUGGGGAA